CUGAAGACUGAAGCAACUUGAGCUGAGGGCACUGGAGUUAAAGCAAGUAGUUUUUUGUUAACCUUUUUAAUACUUUUUUAUUCAAAGAAAUCAGUUUUUAUUUCCUCUUGUGCUUUUUUCUUUUUUCCUUGCUUAUUUGUUUAUUUUUACUCCCCCCAUCCCCAGAGCCUGAUCGGGACGUAACAUGCACCAGCCUCUCAGCCCUAAUAAAUAACGAACAGUCCCUGAAAUAAAUCUUUUAAAAUGUGCUUUAUGGGGCAGCACAAUGGGGUGUUUUUAUUUAUUUUUUUAAUCGUGACGGAGUAUUUUUAUAGUGAGGUGGCUAUUAUUCCCACUAAUGUACUGCUAACCAGGUAUUUAAUCCCGAUUUAGCCCUGCAGAGACAAACGAACCAAAAUGGACUUUUUCUAUGAUGACCUACCAUCCACCUCUCAUGAAGAUCCGCCGAUGACAGAAGACAGAGACCACAACUCAUCAAGAGGGAAGUCCCCAAGUAUCGGUGUGAAUAAGUUUAAAGAGCAACAUACCAGCUCAAGUAUAGAUGACAUCAGCAGGAGAGCUCAGGAGCUGGUGAAAAGGAUUAACGACAGUCGCACCAGUGACCAGAAAGUGUUCGACAGCUUUCAGGAGAAGUCAGUGGAGAAGGUGACAGAGAUGUGUCAGCAGAUGAAGGAGCACAUGUACACUUGCUAUGAAGAGAACAGUAAUGGGAUGCAGGAGAAGCUGCAGGAGUUGUCAGAGGUGCUGGGGCAAUGCAGUAAACUCUGCAGUGAGCUCUUAGAUGCCAGUCAGGCUCUGGAAAGUCUCAGAGGGGGCCUGGCUAUUAGUGGGAGACCAGAACCCUUAUAAUAUAGUUAUUAUUCUGAUGUCCCUAUAUUUUCUUAUCUAGUUCAAGUGUUGUUUUAUUAUUAACAUUUAGAAUUUAGAAUAGUUAACAUUGUCCAAAUGCUGAGGUCCACUUUUUCCAUGAAUUCACGCCAGACAGUGUCUUUGUUUUCAGGACUGUAGUUCAGGUGAUCACGAUUACAGUCAAAGAACACAAAAACAAAAGCUGAAUUCUUGUUUUAUGUAUAUUCAAUUUUAGUAUCUAUUAACUUAUUAAAUAAAAGUACGACUACAAAGAACAGAAUUAACCAAAUUAUUUGUCUCUCAGGUAUUAACAUUUGACACCAAAACUUAAAUACGUCAGCAAAGACAUGCAGCUCUUCAGAUAUGCAGUUCAUAAAGGUAUAUUAUGCGGGAUUGUCAGUUACUGUUUAACAACACAUGUUUGUUGUGAGCACAAAAAAUAAGAAAAAAACGAGAAAAUCCAGGCAGAGGGCAGAGUCUCUGCAGAAAAAUGCAUCACAAACUUGUAUUGGGUCAUAAGUGAUGAUUGAGAAGCUUACUUUUGUAUG